UAUACCAAGGAGCAAGAUUUCAGUCUUUGCCUCCAUAUGAUGGUGCUCAGAUGGCCGAGUAUAAGCGUGCCAUGUUCCAGGACGAAGAAGCGCCGGACAUGGCUGGAGAUGGGAGCGCCUCUCCUGAUGGCGUGGAGGUGGGCUUCAGGAAAAAUGACGGCCCUCUGCUGAGCCGCCUCAGUGCCAGCACCCAGAUGAAGCUGAUGCUGUGCGCCCUCUCUCUCUUCAUGGCUCUGCUGCUUCUCAGUUCGGUCAUUAUCAUGGGCAUCCAGUACAGUAGAGAUCCCUCGCACACCACUUGCCUGACGGAAGCAUGUGUCAUUGUGGCCGGCAAAGUCCUGGAGGCUCUGGACCGAGAGACCAACCCCUGUGAUGAUUUUUACCAGUACGCCUGCGGAGGGUGGAUCAAGCGCAACCCUCUGCCCGACGGCCGUUCCAAGUGGAGCACCUUCAACAGCAUCUGGGACCAGAAUCAGGCUAUCAUGAAACACCUGCUAGAAAAUGCCACUUUCAACUCCAGCAGUGAAGCUGAAAGAAAGACCCAACGUUAUUAUCUGUCGUGUCUGAAAGAACAGAAGAUUGAGGAGCUGGGAUCCCAGCCGCUGAUGGAUCUCAUAGAGAAGAUUGGUGGCUGGAACAUUACUGGCUCCUCGAAUCAGACGAACUUCAUGGAGGUCUUGAAACUGGUGUCAGGAACGUACCGGGCUUCUCCGUUCUUUACUGUGUUUGUGGGAGCUGAUUCCAAAAGCUCUAACAGCAACAUCAUUCAGGUGGACCAGUCAGGUCUUUUCUUGCCCUCCCGGGAUUACUACCUGAACAAGACAGCCAAUGAGAAGGUGUUGGCUGCCUACCUCGACUACAUGGUGGAACUGGGCAUGCUGUUGGGUGGAAGCAGGGCUUCUACGGAAGAGCAGAUGCAGCAGGUCCUGGAGCUGGAGACUCAGUUGGCCAACCUGACCGUCCCCCAGGAUGAACGGCGGGAUGAUGAGAAGAUUUACCACAAGCUGACCAUGGCUGAGCUACAGGUUCUCGCCCCUGCCAUUGAUUGGUUAGACUUUAUCUCCUACUUCCUCUCACCAUUAGAACUAACGGAUGCUGAGCCGGUGGUUGUAUAUGGCAAAGACUACUUAGAACAAGUGUCCCAACUCAUCAAUAACACUGACAAAAGUAUACUGAACAAUUAUAUGAUUUGGAACCUGGUGCAGAAAACGGCGUCCAGCCUGGAUCAGCGGUUUGAGACGGCCCAGGAGAAGCUGCUGGAGACCCUCUACGGAACCAAGAAGUCCUGCACCCCUCGCUGGCAAACCUGCAUCUCCAACACGGAUGACACGUUGGGCUUUGCCCUUGGGGCCUUGUUUGUCAAAGCCACCUUUGACCGGCACAGCAAACAGAUUUAUGAGGUCUCCGAAGACUCCUUCUUCCAGAACAUGUUGAAUUUCUACAAUUUCUCUGCCAGGUUCAUGGCAGACCAGCUGAGAAAACCUCCUAACCGAGACCAGUGGAGCAUGACCCCACAAACAGUCAACGCCUACUACCUGCCUACUAAGAAUGGCAUCGUCUUCCCUGCGGGAAUCCUGCAGGCUCCUUUCUACGCGCGCAACCAUCCCAAGGCCCUCAACUUUGGAGGCAUUGGCGUCGUAAUGGGGCAUGAGCUCACCCAUGCUUUUGAUGACCAAGGCCGAGAGUAUGACAAAGAAGGGAACCUGCGUCCUUGGUGGCAGAACUCGUCCCUGGAGGCGUUCAAGAACCGGACAGAGUGCAUGACGGAGCAAUACAGCAAGUAUCUGGUCAACGGAGAGCAUGUCAAUGGCAAGCAGACGCUGGGCGAGAACAUUGCUGACAACGGAGGACUGAAGGCAGCCUAUAAUGCUUACAAGGUCUGGCUGAAGAAGUAUGGGGAGGAGAAGCGUCUGCCUUCUGUGGACCUCACGAACCACCAGCUCUUCUUCUUAGGAUUUGCGCAGGUUUGGUGUUCGGUGCGCACCCCCGAGAGCUCGCACGAGGGCCUGGUGACGGACCCCCACAGCCCUGACAAGUUCCGCGUCAUCGGCACCCUCAGCAACUCUCAGGACUUUUUAGAGCAUUUUAACUGUCCCGUCGGCUCCGCCAUGAACCCUGGGAAGCCCUGCGAAGUGUGGUAAAGAGCGGAAGGGAGGCUGGCCUUUGGCAGAGGUUCUGUACAUACAUAAAAUACAAGGGCCCCCUGCACAAUCUAGCCCGCAGGAGCAAAGCUGAACCCUGGCAGCCCACUCCCUCGGAAGCAGCCCAUGGUCUCACCUUCUCAGCUUGGCUCAGUGCAGGUUCCUUCACCUUUGACACCUGGAAGGAAAGGAAGCUCACCCAGCAUUCCCUGCCAAGCCCACUUCAUGAGACCAAGAGGGGGCGAAAGCACAGUGUCGUUCGUUUUUGCUAACCACAUCCCUCCUCCCUCCACGGCCCCGAGAGGAACCUCCAGCUCCACUCCUUCUGCUUUUGUUUCCUGUCUUCAGCUGCCCCGGAAAAAAAGGCUCUCCCAGAUCCACCCGGGUGGUCUGCGCCCCUGACGUCUCAGCAUGUCCAUUCCACUUAUUUAAAAAAAAAAUCAGCCACAGAUGUGGCUCAGUCUUUACCAUUUCUGAUGGAAUUGGUCUUGGGAACCACCUGAAAGAGGAGCGCCAUGAGCACUGGGGCUAAGUGAACCAUUUGGUGGGGCCACAGCUAUAGAUGCUUAGCACAGCAGUUGCCCUUAUAAGAAAGACUGGUGGGCUGUACAAUCCAAAGAGCCCCGGUGCAUCUGAGCAAACCCAUCCAGUUCUGCAUACGAUUUCCAGCAAGCCAGCUUUCCUGUUAACUUCCAGGAAGCUUACAAGCUGAGCACAAAGGCAUCUAGCUGCUCUUUUCUGCAAUCAGUUAUUUAGAUGUAUGUUGCCACUGAUCAUGGAGGCACUAUUUAGUUAAUUGCCAUUGGUAGAUCUAGCUUCCUUAAACUAACCCUUCCUUCCUUCCUUCCUUUAUUCCUUCCUUCCUUCCUUCAUCUUCCUUCCUUCCUUCCUUC